CCUGAGGGCACACUUUAAGAUCUACUCCAAGUCCUAACUCUGCUUGGCUGAGCUCCUUCCAUGUCCCUGGUUUCGUCUUGUACUUUCUUCCUAAGUAUUUCUCCUCUGAGGCAGAAAAAAAGUCCAUGGCAUUCUGGAAGGAUAGCAUGUACCAGAAGAAUCUUGGAACACUGAAAAAAUAAAACAAGAUAAAGAUUUUAAAAAUGCAAUAAAAUUUUAAAAAGGAAAAAAAAAAAGAAGAAGAAAUAUGAAGCAGCAGCUCUGAAGCCUGAGCAAAGGACCCCGCAGUCCCCACCCAAAUUGCUUAACUCAGCCUCACUUAACCAGAUCCAGCAUUCUUGGUCCCUGGGCUUGCCACAGCUCUCUGAUCCUUAGAAUCUUCUUCAAUUCCAGCUAGAAUGCUGCGUCAGGUGCUUAGCAGGUUUCGUCAAAAGCUGGUAAGCAGACGUCCGCUGGAGAAAGAAGUGUAUGAGUAUAGAUUUGGCAUAAAACUGAAAACUCUGGAUUUAGUGGCACUGGGUGUGGGCCGCACAGUGGGUAUUGGUGUGUACUUUCUGGCUAAUGAGGUGGCUGGUAAUCAAGCAGGACCAUCCACUGUGAUCUGCUUUUUGGUGGCAGGUCUAACAUCACUGUUGGCUGGGCUGUGCUAUGCGGAGUUUAGUGCCCGGGUCCCCCAUUCUGGCUCGGCAUAUCUCUACAUCUACAUCACUGUAGGUGAACUGUGGGCUUUCAUCACUGGCUGGAACCUCAUCCUCUCCUUUGUUGUUGAUGCAUUCAUUGUGGUCCAGGCCUGGAUCUUAACUUUUGACAGCUUCAUUAGGAACCGGAUCUCUGAGACCCAGCAAGAGACCAUUUCACAGUAUGUUCCCCAAGUCAUUGCAGACAAUCUAGGCUACUUUUUUGUCAUCUUUCUGUUUUUGUUCACGGAACUGCUGUCUAUGGGUCGGCUUGGCUUCCUCAGAGUUUUUGAAGGGUUUACUUUGGUGAAGCUUUUGGUUCUCAGCUUUUGCAUCAUCUCUGGCUUCACUAAGGGGGACCUGCACAACUGGAAGCUCACAGAAGAGGACUACAUACAGGCUGGACUCAAUGACACCUCUCGAUUGGGCCCUCUGGGCUCCGGAGGAUUCAUGCCUUUUGGCUUUGAGGGCAUUCUCCGUGGAUCAGCUACUUGUUUCUAUGCAUUCAUAGGUUUCAGCGUUAUUGUUACCAGAGUCAAAGAAUCCCACAAUCCCCAGCGUUCCAUCCCCAUGGGCAUUGUGAUUUCACUGCUCAUCUGCUUUUUUGUGUAUUUUGGUGUCUCUGCAUCACUUACACUCAUGGUUCCUUACUACCAGCUUCAACCUGGGAGCACCUUGCCUGAGGCAUUUCUCCAUAUUGGCUGGGUCCCUGUGUACUAUCUUGUAGUUUUUGCAAUUUUUGGUAGUUUUUUUGUUGGCCUCUAUUUGGGCUUUACGUUCCCCAUACGUCGGGUGAUAUUCAUGAUGGCAAAGGAUGGUCUCCUCUUCCCAGUCCUUGCCACGUUCAUUUACAACACAUAUGGCCGUAUCUUGUCCACUCUGAUCCUUGGCAUUAUCACAGCAAUCAUGUUAUUCUUCUUUGGACUCACUGAUCUUCUGGAUCUGAGGUCAGUUGGGACCCUGAUAUCCUAUUCCCUGGUAGCUUUUUGUGUUCUUACCGUCAGGUACCAGAUUGAGAGGAGGAAGGAGGAAAAUGAAGAAGAGCUGCGGGAGGAGGAUGGGGAAAAUGUAGCGCAGAUGCAGGAGGAGACCACACCUGCAGCAGAGAAGCUGACUCUACAAGGCGUAUUUUUUCCAGGCAGCCCCACCCCCACUCCACUCUCUGGCCGGGUUGUCUAUGUUUGCUCCUCACUGCUGGUUCUGCUGAUGACUCUCCUCUGCCUGGUGCUGACCCACUGGCCAGGUCUGCUUUCUGGAGACCCAGGGCCUAUCACAGUGGUUGUACUGCUCCUGGUGCUCAUCACUGGGAUCACUGGGGUCAUCUGGAGACAGCCUCAGAGCUCCUCUCCCCUUCACUUUAAGGUCCCUGCUCUACCUCUCCUCCCACUCCUGAGCAUCUUUAUGAAUGUUUGCCUUAUGACACAGAUGUCAGCUGGCACCUGGCUGAGAUUUGGUAUCUGGAUGCUGAUCGGGUUUGUUUUCUACUUCACCUACGGGAUUCAGCAAAGACGGGUAGCUUAACCCUGCUUAUGGACCCAAACUCUAGACCUUGAACUAAGCAGUGCCAAUAUAUAUUUGGCUUGAUAUCAUCACACCUGAAUGCAGUCUGGUUCCCUACACAAUGGGGAGUACUCCUGAGCACAUGGAAGUAUGGGCUUCUAUGAGAUAUUGGUGUGGGAACACUAUUAGAACUUCAUAUUUAUGGUACAGUGAAGGAUGUGUCUUUGCUCUCCGCCCCCCUACCUUUUUUUUUACUUUUUACUCUUCAGUUGUGUCUGUAGCUGCUUACUGACUUUUACAGAAUUAGUAUUGGAAGAACCUUGAUAAAAUGUUUUUCUUUUCUUUAGUUAAAUAUUCACUAAUGAAGGAGAUGCCUUGUUGGCAGAGUCAGUAGACCAUGACUCUUGCUCUCAGCCCCGUGAGUUUGAGCCCCACAUUGAAUGUAGAGAUUACUUAAGAAAAUAUCCAGUAGCAGAAUUACUGGAUCAUAUGGUAGUGCUGUUUUAAUCUUUUUGAGGAUCUUCCACACUGUUUUCCAUAAGGCCUGCAUCAAUUGACAUUCCUAUCAACAGUGCACGAAGAUUCCUUUUUCUCCAUAUCUUUGGCAACACUUGUUUUUCUUGUCUUUUUUAAGAUUUUUUUUUUUUUAUUUGACAGAGAGAGAUCACAAGUAGGCAGAGAGGCAGGCAGAGAGAGAGAGAGAGAGAGGAGGAAGCAGGCUCCCUGCUGAGCAGAGAGCCCGAUGCGGGACCCUGAGAUCAUGACCUGAGCCAAAGGCUUAACCAACAGAGCCACCCAGGCAUCCAUUUCUUGUCUUUUUGAUUUUAGCCCUCAUGGCAGGUAUAAAGUGACAUCUGACUGCACUUAUUUAAAAGAGUUUGAUAUAUUUAAUUUUUUUAUGUUCAGUUAGCUAAUGUAUAGUAAUCAUUUCUAUUUCCCUGAUGAUGAGUAACACUAAACAUCUUUUCAUGUGUCUGUUGGCCAUCUGUAUGUCUUCUUUGAAAAAGUAUCUAUUAAGGUCCUCUGCCCAUUUUUUAAUCAGAUUUUUGCUUUUUGUUAUCGCCUUGUAGAAGUUCUUUGUGUGUUUUGAGUAUUAACCCCUUAUUGAUAUAUCAUUUGCAAAUAUCUUCUAUUCAGUAGGUUGCCUUUUUUUGUUAUUGAUGGUUUCCUUUUCUGUACAAAAGUGUUUUUGUUUCAUGAAUUUGAAAAGAUAUAUGCACCUCUAUGUUUAUUGCAGCAUUAUUUACAAUAGCCAGGAUAUGGAAGGAACAGAUGUGUGCAUCAUUAGAAGAAUGGAUAAAGAAGAUGUAUUCUGGGGCACCUGAGUGGCUCAGUGGGUUAAAGCCUCUGCCUUUGGCCCAGGUCAUGAUCUCAGGGUCCUGGGAUUGAACUCCACAUUGGGCUCUCUGCUCAGUGGGAAGACUGCUUCCCUCUCUCUCUCUGCCCAUCUCUGCUUACUUGUGGUCUCUCUCUGUCAAAUAAAUAAGUAAAAUAUUCUUUUUAGGAACACCUGGGUGGCUCAGUGGGUUAAAGCCUCUACCUUCAGCUUGGGUCAUGAUCCCAGGGUCCUGGGAUCAAGCCCUGAAUUGGGCUCUCUGCUCAGCAGGGAGCCUGCUUCCUUCUCUCUCUCUCUGCCUGCCUCUCUGCCUACUUGUGAUCUCUGCCUGUCAAAUAAAUUAAUUAAAAAAAAACUUUAAAAAUAUAUUUUUUUAAAUAAAGAAUAUGUCUUCUAUAUGUACAUCCAAUGGACUAUUACUCAGCCAUAAAGAAGAAUGGAAUCUUGCCAUUUGUAACAACAGGAUGAACUGGGUGGGCAUCAUGCUAAUUUAAAUAUGUCAGUCUGGGAAAAACAAAUGCCAUGUUUUCAGUCUUAUGGAGAAUUAAAGAAACAAAAUAAAAUCAAAAUGAAAAAGAAAAAAGAGAGAGAAACGCAAUACCAAAAUAAAUAAAUAAUCAAACAAAAAAACACAACACCCUAGACCCCUAAAUAAUGGGAAAAAAACUCGUGGUUGCCAAAGGGGAGAUGGGUAGGGGAAUGGGUGAUUUAAAUAAAGGGAAUUAAGAGUACAUUAAUCUUUAUGAGCCCUGAAAAAUGUGUGAAAUUGUUGAAUCAUUGUAUUGUGCACCUGCGAGUAAUACAUCAACACUGCAUGCUCAUUAUAUUUACAUUAAAAAAAAAAAGAAAAAGAAGCUAAGAAAAGACUAAAAUAAAGAUGAAAUAUGGCUUCCGCAUUUAAGGAGCUUAUAUCUAAUACAAGAGGUAAAGCAUUGCUGUAACACAAAGUAGAACGUGUUGCCAUAAGUAAUAUAAAAAUAAAAUAUCUUGGCAAUUCAAGGUGGAGGAUGAUCAUUUGUGGCAGGUACAGAGGUGAGGGUUGAUGGUGAAAUCAGAGGAGACUUUGUAGAGGAAUGGCUUUUGAGCUGACUCACUUCAGGGGUGGAUUUGCCACAUCUGGGCAGUAGGGAGAGAUUGCAGGUCGAGAGAGAGCACCAGGAGGAGAAGCACAGGAAAAUGAAGUUGUGUUCAGAGCACAGUGAGUGGACUGUGUAGCUUGAGCCUUGGCUGUGUGAGGGGACAACAGAGCAUGCACAGGUGACUGGAGCCAGAGCUCUCCCCUGGACACAAAACACUUUGGCUUUGAGCUCACUGUCCAUGCCGAAAAUCCCUGGGUUGAUACUUCUCUUAGCAACAUCUGCAUUCUUGGACAUUAAAGUUUCUCUACUGUUGUCUGCUUUGGCCCACCUGUUCAGAACGUGCACAGCUGAAAGCCACAUGUCCUGGGUUCUGGGCUUGUUUUCACCACAAUUAGCAAUGUGACCUACAGGAAGCCACUCAGUUCCUUCCAUGCUCUGCUUAGUUAUGUGUAGCAGGAGAGGUCACAACUGAUCCCUUUCUCAAGUUACAUUUCCUUAAAAUAUUCUAGGAGUCCUCUGGUUCUUCUGUCCUGUUAUUCUCUCAAUUAGGUCACCUUACAACAAAUGACCUGAACCUGUAUCCUGCCUACUUUUCACUACAACCCAUUGUUGGAGUUGUAGAGGUCCAAUAAAUAACACCCUAUUUCCCCCUCCUUUGUUUGGAACCUAUUGAUAAUCAUGUCAUAGUGACAGAUGACUAAACUGUCACCUGUAGAUCUGCAGCCUAGUUGACUUGCUAAUCCUAAGUCAUUAAAUUAAACAGAACUACUCAUCACAAGUAGUGCUGAGUGUCCCUGGCCUACCAUCACAGGAGAGAGAAUUCUUUAAUUAGUUUUUCUCGUGUAUGAGCAGGUUGGAUUGCAUGGGUCCAGUGGGAAGUUUUGUUCUGGACAAAAAAAGAAAAUUGACAAAAAUUUGAAGAAGCUAACUGGGCACGCUCAGUGUUAUAUCUUCACUUCAUUAAUCAAGGUCCCAGUGAGAGAGGGCCCUGUGGAGAGUGGCUAGGAAUAGUAUCCUGCUCAGUGGUGCUUAACCUCAGGGGUGCCAUGACACCUGGAACGCUUGUGGAAAGAGAUUGCUGGACCCUUUCAGUGUUUGGAAUUCAGGAGGUCUGGGUGGGGCCCAGAACCUGUACUUCCAACAAGUUCCCAGGAGAUGCUGAUGCCACUGGUCCAGGGACCACCUGUUGAACACCAGAGCUCCAGAUAAAGGCUCUUCAGGUGUAAAGUUGAAGUGAGGGAAACAGAGGUGCCCUUUGUACACUCAUCUUCAUUUAACGAAACAUGGAGAUUAAAAUUCCAUUGAUAAUGCUUUCCCAUUGGGCAAAUCAUAAGGUAUCAUUUCACAAUUAUAUGUAUAUCAAAUUAAUACUGUGUAUACUGUAAAUAUGUCACAAUUUUAUAUGUCAACUAUACACCAAUAAAUCUGAAAAUUAAAAAA